CAGAAAUUUUCAGUAAAGGUCCUUAAUAGGAAGCUGCAGGGGUCUCUCUUAGCAUUCCUCUGCUUGGAGACAGGAGCUACUCAACGUCCUGCAGAAUGCCUGGAAACAUCAGAUCAGUGCCUUCUGUGUGGGUGGUGCUGGUCUGUCUGUUGUUCUGCAGCAGACUGACUAGUGUGGGGGCAGCACCCAUCUGUGCCAAUGACCAAGCUGCAUGCAACAUCCUCUCCCUGGCCAACCUGUUUGACCGGGUCAUCCAACACUCAGCCAGGAUGCAUAGCAUUUCAAAUGACCUCCACUCUGAGUUUGAGCAGUACUUCCUGCCCAGUAAGAAUCAAAUUGGCCGGGUCAGUCGCAUCUGUCACACCUCCACCAUCCUCACCCCAAAUGGCAAAGAGAACGCUCAGAGAUUGGCGAGAGAGGAGCUGACGGAGGUUAUUCUCAAGCUCCUAGUGGCAUGGGGGGAUCCUCUGUGGCAUUUCCACCAAAGCAUGAUUCACCACCAGGACUUCAACAAUCUCAGCUCCAGUAAAGCUCUUCAGAUGAGUGACAUGGUGCACGAGUUACGUAAAGGAGUAGAGAAAGUGGCUGAAAAGAUGCAGAAGCUGGGGAUAAUAAGUAACUCUGUCACCAGCCUAGAUUCUCCUGAGGCCUCGGUAUCAUCCGACAGUGCUGAGUGGCGACUGAUGAAAGAGUAUGACCUCCUCUACUGCUUUCGUCGUGAUUCCAACAAGGUCCAGAACUACCUAAAGAUUCUGAAGUGUCGCAUUGUUCCAGAGCAUGGAUGCUAAAAGCCAGAAAACAAUGGAAGCUAUGUUUAACUUAUGGAAAUAUCAGCAUAUUGAGAGAAAAAGCCAUAGUUACAAACUACACAGAUAACACUGUAGUUUUUGUUGCAUUAUGGGAUUUUCACUGAUAAACAGAUAUGUUCACUCUUGUCAUGAAUGAAUUGCUACUGGAACCCAAAGAGUCUGCCCAUCCUGUACUUCAUGCCUGAUAUUAGUCUGUACAAACAUGAGUUGACUAUGAACAAGACAGAAUAAGUGCAAUACAUUCUACGACAAACUCCUCUGUAAACAUACAUCAUCCAAAUAUAGUAAUGCCAUAAAAACAUUUGUAAAACAUGGAUGCAAUGUUUUUCAUCAUUCCUAAAAGAUAUUUUGUGAAAAGUGACACUGUGUAAACACUGCUGUUGCAAGAAACGACACCUUUCAACCUCAAGU